AUGUCAAUUUCCCCAUUCUUCCGUCCUCGCCCAUUCUCACUCAUUGGAGAAAUGAUGAGAGACAUGGCGAGAAUGGAACGUCAAUUCAUUCCAAUUGCUCAUUUCGAGGCUCCUGACUCUGGCUCAGCUGCUGCUCCAGAGAUUACCAACACCGAUGAGAAAUUCGCCAUCAAUCUCAACGUCGCCCAAUUCAAGCCGGAAGACUUGAAGAUUAACUUGGAUGGCAGAACCCUUUCCAUUCAAGGAGAGCAGGAAGUAAAGGAUGAGCAUGGGUACUCGAAAAAGUCGUUCUCCAGAAUGAUUCUCCUGCCGGAAGACGUUGAUAUUGGAGCAGUGGCUUCGAAUCUUUCGGAUGAUGGAAGGCUUUCUGUGGAGGCGCCGAAGAAGGUCGCGGUUCAAGGAAGAGCAAUUCCGAUUACUCAGUCCACUGCUGAAGAGAAGCCUGCUGAAUAA